AGAGGAGGACACACACAACAGAGGAGCAAGGCGUCGAGAACGGAGAGGAGAGGAAGGGCGGAACGAUGCGGCCGAAAGACCCACCAAAACGACCAAAAUCGCCCAAAAUCGCGACACCGACCGGGGUAGACGACGGCGGAUAGACACGACAUCCGAAAUGGGGAUUCCCUUGAUGUUUCACGAACUGCGUCAAAGAAGAGAUCAUCUGACCCAAGCUUAAUGGGUUGAAAUGUAGCUGCCAUGGAGUCGUGAAUUGCAAGAUUUGGGUGAUUUGCACGGCAACGGGGAAUUUGGAGACCACGACUGGGAUGAAGAUUCUCGAAUUUGGAAGAAAAAGAAGUCAGCUCUACGCCAUUCAAGUGGAUAUUGCUGAAGUGGAGACAGCGUUGUAUAACGUGAAGAUGGCAAAGUCAUUUGGCAGUUAGCCAAAUUUUGUCAAGACCAAACCUUUUUCUGACUGGACUUUGGCGUUUGGAAUUUUUUUUUUUUUUUUACGACAACAUGGACACUGGAACAUCUUUGCUGGCUGUGUAGUGGACUUUAAAAAAUUACACUGUUGUUUUUUGGAAAACACAAAUUCAGCCUUUGUACGAUUGAUAUUCAAAUGUUGUUUAUAAAUAAAGUGUAUGUCCUCGUAUUUUUUUUCCUGGCUUUGUUUCAUUAGCUAAAUAAUCAGAACACCACAAGUGGAUAUUUUGCGUAAUAUUUUAAUAACGUUAAAGUCCAUUAGCUCGGUUGUUGGUUUUAAUAUUUCAGCUAACCCGUACAACAAAUAAAUUUGAUUAGCACUGACUUCGUACUCAUUGAUGUUUGCUAAUGUAUAGGCUAGCACAAGUGCUAAUGAUAAGCUUCGUAUUGGGUCGAUUAAUCUCCUGAAGUAAUGCUCUCUUUUUCGUGUGUUUUUACAAACAAAAUUUGACUCAAUGAAUAAGAAAAAGGAAAAGUGGUUGAAAAUGAAUCAGUCUCGAUUAGUCACACUAGAAAACCCUUAACAUACCCAAUUAAAACAGUGAACAAUACACUUUUUUUUGCAAAGUACAUUGCAACUAUAAAGGCUUUUGGUCAGAACAGAAAUGGUUUCCAAAGGCUGUCUAAAAUGGCUCCUGGUUGUCCUUCUUCCUGUCUGAGCAGGAAGUGAUGCAAUUGGUGCAACAAAAAUUAUAUAUACUUUUAAAGCCUCUAAGUGUUCUUACCUUUUUAUGAAGUGUGAAGUAAAGGUCUCAACUUCAAGCCUAAGGCAGAAAAUAAUUGUAAAUUUAUAUAAAAGCAAAAUUUAAACAUAAUAGAAGGGGUGGGACUUAAACAUCACCUGAGUGUGGGGUAAAUGGAAAUAACGUCAAUCAAAGGCAAAGCUUUCAGAGCUAGGAAGGAGCUCUAGAUGGCGGCUGAGCCUUGGGAAGGGUGCCAUGGGCUUUCGUCAGACCGUUUUUCUCGCCCGUUUUUCGACCGAGACCGCUUGAUUCUGAUUUAAAUUGAAGUGUAGUGAUAUUACGAUCGGUGUUUUAACGGGAAUUUAGGCGUUUUGAGUGGUUUUUGGGCUGAUUUGUCGAGCCGUGCGAGCCGUCUGUGCUGAGGGAGUCCUUGUCGUUGUUUUCCAUACUGGGCUCUGGCAGCCAUGGCGCGCCUCCAUUUUUAGUGUGCUGCUCGCCUCUGUCGCUCUGAGUCUGACAGCAGAUGCAGACUUUACAGGCCUAAAAGCUUUACGAAACAAAGCUAUUUUUUGUUAUUUAUUGUUAAGUUAUUAUUUUUACUGUUAUUUUUAUUCGAGUCGGACAAAACCCUGUGAUAGAGCGAACGUGAAUCUAAUAGUUCAUUUAUAGGUUACCACCUUUCUUUGAACUGAAUUGGUCUGUUUACAUUGUGCAUUGCUUAAUUUACUCAUUUUCUCAUGCUUAAAUCUUAUUUUUCUAACCCUUCAUGUGAUGACGCAGUUAGAAUUAAUUGCAUGCGGCUUGAUCCGAGGACUAUGAUAUAAGACAUACGUUGGAUAUUUAACGUAUUGUAGCAGCACCUGUCAUUUUUCCUAGCUAUAUUUUAAAUUAGCGAUGUAAAUAAUGAUACUUAAAUCUUUCGAUUUAAUGCCUUUUUCUUAACUCGUGUCGCACCGCCUGGGUUUUAACUGCCACCUGAGCAAAGGCAGUCUUGUGGGACUUGUAUGAUACUUCAUGCUCCCUCUAACUUUUUGACAGUAAAUACCAGGACAAAAGAUCAUCCUUUCAAAAGAUUUUCAGGAUACUACCAUGAUGAAGAAUAAAAGUAAAAAACAAGAGGAUGAAGGAUCGGCUCAAAGCAAUGCAUCAAGGUAUGAUCCUUAUACUUUUUCUUAACUUCUUCAUAUUUGGUGUGAUUGUUUACCUUGUCAAGCAUGGUUGAUCACCUGUGUAUACAUUUACGACGUGGUUUUGAUGAAGUGCACCACUGUCAUGAAUGACCUUGCUAUUGUUUAAUAGCCACACCCUGAUUUUCCUACCAUUUCUUUCACUCAAUACUGAGGUUUCAGGCCUGUGUUAACAGAUCAUUGCCCACAAGAUGUAUGUGUUAGACCACGGGAAAACUCAUUUGUCUUGCAGUAUGUUGCUAGUUAUUUGUCACAAAUGUUUGAUGUGCUAUCGCUAUAAUGUAAUGACCUUGUCUAACUAGUUGGUACUGCAUUGCACCAUUUUUUUUAUCAACGUUGUUGCUCGUUUUUUUUUAUUUAUUUCAAAAACAAUGUAUUGUUUUGGUGUUAUUUGUGGUCAGUAUUAUGCCCAGUAUUUUAGAUGGCUAAUAUAUAACAUAUGUUGUCAUGAGUAAAUAAGGUUGCAUGUGCUUUUAAUUAAUACAUUUUUAUAUUAAUAUGUACGCUUUUAUCUGGACCUGUGCUUAAAGUUUUGACCAAGUUAUUGACUUUUAGGAAAUACAAGUUAACUUGCACUUCAUAAUUUCUGCUUAUUUAAGCCCUUUAUUCCAAAUAUUUCAAUGCUUUGUAAAUACUUUCGUUUUGUUUUAGAUGGAAAGCAAAACUUAAAACUACUUCACCCCUGUGUAUUCUGACAUUAUGUCACUGCUCACAUGCUUAUGUAAUAUACCCUUUUAACCUCCAGCUUUACAUUUGUUUUCAGGAGAAGUUUUUGUUUUAGGGGCCUUAUUUCAAUGGAAAGCUUUGAUUUAAAUAUUUAUCUUGACACACGAUUGUUUAAUAUAAAAUUAUUCAAUGAUUGCUUUCACCUGUCAAGCAAGAUAUUUUAUCCAUUGAUUGCCCAUAUCACAUACAUUUGCUAUAAUUUUUAAGUAAGUUUAAAAUGCAUUUGUAUUAAUAUUAGCUAUAUCAACAUUAAUGGUGUUAGUUUAAGCAUCUGCAUUGAACAUGUUUUAUGCUUGUGAAUAUUAUAACAAAAAAAUGUUAUUUUUAAAUUAAAUUUGACUAUGUGUAUUACUUGUCAGGCAGAUUAUAGGCCUACAACAAAGACUAUUUACACUUUAAUAUGUUUUUGUCUGCUGUUCUUUUUCCAAGAAAGAUGAUAAAUAUUUGCAAAUGUGUAUCUAUCAUCCUCAGGUAUCUGAAUCUACAAAUAUCAAAACGAGUGGAAACACUAUUCUAUUUUCAUCAAUAAAGAUGUUUUUUAAAAACUAAUAUCAGGUGCAUUUGCAUGGUGUCAGAACAAUGCAGGAAUUCAGAAACACCACAAGUGGCUUGCCAUUAUUUAAAAAAUGUUUGUAUUUAUUGCAUAGAUUUAUUGCAUAAAUGCUAUGGCCAAUGCUGCCAUGUUGUCACAACAAAUAAUGCAGCCUGAUCACAAUAGACUGUUGUGUUUUUAGAUAAAGACACAGAGAAGUUUGGAUACUAAAUGCAGCAAUUCAGCCUCAGAGGAAUCCAACCGCUCUGCCUCGGAGUCGGGGAGUCAGUCAGAGAGCGAGCAUGGCAGUGAGAGGAGGAGAUCCCACAACUCCGAGUCAAACAGCUCCUCAGAGUCAGAGAGUCACUCAGAGUCAGGCAGCGAGUCCGCAGAAUCCAAGUCACAGCAAACCACAGCAGAAGACAAGAAAGACAAACCAGUUAGAAAGAAGGAGCGUCUGGCAGAUGUGAAGAAGAUGUGGGAUGAACAUCCAGAUGUGUAUGGGGUCAGGAGGUCAAACCGCAGUAGACAGGAGCCGGCUCGUUUAAACAUUGGAGCUGGGGGCAGCAGUGACUCUGAGAGUGAAAGCCCCAAGAGAAAAACAUCCAGAGCCAAGAAAAAAGAAAAUAUCUGGAAAGAUGAUGACUCAAAUGAUGAUGAAGAGGAGGAGGAGGAGGAGGAGGAGGCUUCCGACAGUACAGACAGUGAGCAGGAAGAGAAAAAAGUUAGAUCCAGAAGACUUCCUGCUAGAAGACCUCAAACCAAAUCAUCAACAGCCAAAAAGCAGCUAUCGCAAAAAGGCAGGAAGUCAAGGAAACAGGACUCAUCUGCUGAAGAAGAUGACGAUGAUGACGAUGACGACGAUGAUGAUGAAGAUGAUGAAGGCACUCCAAAGAGGCAGACUCGAAGAAGGGGUGCAACAAAAGUCAAAAGUUACAAAGAGGACCAACAUGACUUUGAAACCGACUCUGAUGACCUCAUUGAAAUGACCGGGGACGCCGGCGAGGAGCAGCAGGACGAUGACAGUGAGACCAUUGAGAAGGUUAUGGACACCAGGAUAGGCAAAAAGUCAGCCACCGGGGCUUCCACUACUAUAUAUGCUGUGCAGGAAAAUGGGGACCCAAAUGAAGGUUUUGACCCCGAGAACGAUGAAGGAGAAACUCACUAUCUGAUCAAGUGGAAGGGCUGGUCCUACAUCCACAACACGUGGGAGAGCAUGGACUCUCUGACCCAGCAAAAAGUCAAGGGACUGAAGAAAAUGGACAACUACAUAAAGAAACAAGAUGAGCUCAAUUCAUGGUUGAGGAGGGCGUCACCUGAGGAUGUAGAAUUUCACAACUGCCAACAGGAGCUCAUAUACGACUUGAACAAGCAGUUUCAGCUUGUGGAGCGUGUUAUCGCAACAAAAACAGGAAAGACGCCAGGAUCCUCUGACUUCCCCUCUCAUAGUCACAAGUUACCAUCCUCCAAUGAGCCAGAGUAUCUAUGCAAGUGGAUGGGCUUACCUUAUUCAGAGUGCAGCUGGGAGGAUGGAGCUCUGGUUGGAAAGAAGUUUGGGCACUGCAUUGAAAGCUUCAUAAACCGAAACUCCAGCAAAUCUGUUCCCUCUAAAGAGUGUAAGGUGUUAAAGCAAAGACCAAGGUUUGUCGCUCUGAAGAAGCAGCCAUCAUAUAUUGGAGAUGACAACCUUCAGCUGAGAGAUUACCAGCUGGAUGGGCUGAACUGGUUGGCUCACUCCUGGUGCAGGUGCAAUAGUGUUAUCCUGGCUGAUGAGAUGGGGCUCGGAAAGACCAUCCAGACCAUCUCCUUCCUGUCGUACUUGUUCCAUCAGCAUCAGCUUUUUGGACCUUUCUUAGUGGUGGUGCCUCUGUCCACACUCACCUCCUGGCAGCGGGAGUUCGUCACAUGGGCCCCGGACAUGAACGUGGUGGUCUACCUCGGUGAUGUCAUGAGCAGGAAAACGAUCCGUGACUAUGAGUGGGUGAACCAUCAAACGAAAAGAAUUCGCUUCAAUGCACUAUUAACCACUUAUGAAAUUCUACUUAAAGACAAGGGGGUGCUUGGGAACAUCAACUGGGCGUUCCUCGGAGUGGAUGAAGCUCACAGGCUGAAGAAUGACGACUCCCUGCUGUACAAAACCUUAAUGGAGUUCAGGUCCAACCACAGGCUGCUCAUCACUGGCACUCCACUGCAGAACUCCCUCAAAGAGCUCUGGUCACUGUUACACUUCCUUAUGCCUGACAAGUUUGAUUCUUGGGAGGAUUUUGAAGAUGAGCACGGGAAAGGAAGGGAUAACGGUUAUCAGAGUCUUCACAAAGUCCUAGAGCCCUUCCUUCUGCGACGUGUCAAGAAGGAUGUGGAAAAAUCUCUCCCUGCCAAGGUGGAACAGAUCCUCCGAGUAGACAUGAGCGCACAGCAGAAGCAGUUUUACAAGUGGAUUUUAACGAGGAAUUACAAAGCUCUUUCUAAAGGCACUCGAGGCAGCUCCUCCGGCUUCCUGAACAUCGUUAUGGAGCUCAAAAAGUGCUGCAACCACAGUUUCCUCAUUAAACAGCCUGAGGAUGGAGAGACUGAAACACAGCAGGAGCACCUGCAGGGUCUAGUGAGGGGCAGCGGGAAGCUGGUGCUGCUGGACAAGCUGCUGACCAGGCUCCGAGAAAGAGGAAACCGAGUCCUGAUCUUCUCCCAGAUGGUCAGGAUGUUGGACAUUCUGGCUGAAUACCUCGCCAAGAAUCGCUACCCGUUUCAGCGGCUGGACGGCUCCAUAAAGGGAGAAAUCCGAAAGCAAGCACUUGACCACUUUAAUGCAGAAGGCUCAGAGGACUUUUGCUUCCUGUUGUCCACCAGAGCUGGAGGUUUGGGGAUAAACUUGGCCUCAGCAGACACCGUAGUUAUCUUUGACUCUGACUGGAACCCUCAAAAUGACCUGCAGGCACAAGCCAGAGCUCACAGGAUCGGCCAGAAGAAACAGGUGAAUAUUUAUCGACUUGUCACCAAAGGAACAGUGGAGGAGGACAUCAUCGAGAGGGCAAAGAAGAAGAUGGUUUUGGACCAUCUUGUCAUUCAGAGAAUGGACACCACUGGUCGAACUGUACUGGACAGCAACUCUGGCUCAACCACAAAUUCAAACCCAUUUAAUAAAGAAGAACUAUCUGCCAUCCUCAAGUUUGGUGCAGAGGAACUCUUCAAGGAGCCAGAAGGAGAGGAGUCUGAACCACAGGAGAUGGAUAUUGAGGAGAUCCUGAGGCUGGCUGAAACAAGAGAAAGCGACCAGGGCUCAAGUGCAACAGAUGAACUUCUUUCUCAGUUUAAGGUGGCCAAUUUUUCCAGUAUGGAGGAGAGCACUCCAGAUUUUGAGGACAAGCCCUCACGUGAAUGGGACGAUAUCAUCCCUGAAGAUCAACGGCGCAAAAUUGAGGAGGAGGAGAAGCAGCGGGAGAUGGAGGACAUCUUCAUGCUGCCCAGAAGCAGGAGCUCUAAUAAGAGGGCUCAGGCGAAUGAUAGUGACAGUGAUGCGGGCUCCAAGCUGAAGCACCGCUCCUCUGGCUCUGAGAGUGAGACGGAUGACAGCGAUGACGACAAGAAACCAAAGAAGAGAGGCAGACCCAGAGCCCGCAAAAACAAUGUGGAGGGCUUCACUGAUGCAGAAAUCCGGAGGUUCAUUAAGGCAUACAAGAAAUUUGGAUCUCCACUCGAAAGGCUGGAGGCCAUAGCCCGAGACUCUGAGCUGGUUGACAAGUCCAUCGCAGACCUGAAGAGACUUGGUGAACUGAUUCACAGUAGUUGCGUGGCUGCAGUGCAGGAGCACGAGGAGCAACUGAAAGAGAAUCCAGUUGAAGCCAAAGGUCCUGGGAAACGAAGAGGGAUUAACAUCAAGAUCUCGGGAGUGCAGGUCAACGCCAAGUCCAUCAUCCAGCAUGAGGAAGAAUUUGAACCUCUGCACAAAGCAGUGCCCUCAAAUCCUGCUGAGAGAAACAAGUUCAAUCUAACAUGCAGGGUCAAGGUAGCCCACUUUGAUGUAGACUGGGAUCUACAGGAUGACAUUCAGCUUCUGCUUGGCACCUAUGAGCAUGGCUUUGGCAACUGGGACCUGGUCAAGACGGAUCCUGACCUUAAACUCGCUGAUAAGAUUCUCCCAGACGAUCCGAGCAAGAAGCCUCAAGCCAAGCAGUUGCAGGCGAGAGCAGAGUACCUACUCAAGCUGCUGAAAAAAGAACAAGACAAUGCAGACCUGUCCAAAACAGGGGAGGAGGUCAAAGUGAGGAAGAGGAAGCCUCGGGUGAAAAAGGAGAACAAGGUUCUAAAGGAUGAACAGGGCAACGACAUCUCCUCCCCACGUCUGUCUGACAACCCGUCAGAGGAGGGCGAGGUCAAGGAUGAUGGAACAGAGAAGUCCCCCGCCAAGAAAAGACAAAAGAAAAAGGAUAACAAAGAGAACAAAGAAAAACAGGGAACUCCUAAAAAGGAAAAGGAUGGGGACAAAGAAAAAAAGGGCGCCAAGCCCAGAAAAGAGAAGGCUAAAGGAGCCAAAGGGAAGAAGACUCAAGGUCCCGUUCACAUUAUGGCCGGGGCUGACCCCGUUCCCAUUGAAGGAAAGGAGGAUGAUGAACUCGACCAGGAGACUUUCAGUAUUUGUAAGGAGCGCAUGAGGCCGGUGAAAAAGGCCCUCAAGCAGCUGGAUAAACCAGAUGAGGGCCUGUCUGACCAGGAGCAGCUCCAGCACACUCGCACAUGCCUACUGAAGAUUGGAGACCGAAUCACAGAGUGCCUUAAAGCCUACAGUGAUCCCGAACAUGUCAAAAUAUGGCGGAGAAACCUCUGGAUAUUUGUGUCAAAGUUUACAGAGUUCGGUGCAAGGAAGCUUCACAAACUUUACAAAAUGGCACAGAAGAAGCGAUCGCAUGAGGAAGAGAAGGAGCAGAAGAAGAAGGAGGAUCCCGGAGGGAGGACAAAAUCCUUCAGACCAGAGCCCUGUGGGUCCAGUCGAGACUCCACAGGAACUCAGUCUUCCUCCAAACCCUCAUCCCACUCCACUCAGCCUGGCCCUCAUGGACACCACAGAGAGCCGUACAACUCAUCUAAUAAGCGGCACUUUGGCAAUGAUGAUAGAGGAGACUGGCAGAGGGACCGUAAAUACAAUUACCCAAGUAACAGCAACCAGUCUUGGCAGGGAGACCGACAUCAUCAGUAUGAUCGCUACAAGGAUCACUAUAGUGAUCGACGUCCACACGGAGACCCGUACCGCAGCUCGGGCCCUUACCGCAACAGCAGCUCGCCUCGGAAAAGGCCGUAUGAGCAGUACAGCAACGACCGGGACCACAGGGGUCAAAGGCCUUACUAUGACAGGCAUUCCGACCCCAAACGAAGACGUCCUGAUGAAUUCCGUCCCAACUACCACCAGGGAAGAGACGGCCCUCUUCAGGACUUCAGGAGGAUGCCAGAGCACAGGCCAUCCGGUCCACCUGGGCCGGAGCACUACAACCGGCCCUUCCACCCUGACAAACCUCCUCCGCUGCUGGACCCUCGAUCCCCGCAGGCUCAGAAGUCUCCCCAGGACUCGCGCUCUCCACUACAGCGACCUGCAGAACCAAACGCAGCGGAAGAUUCUAACUGGAACAACAGGAAAACAUAAAAGUAUGCCAUGUGCAUACUGUGUUGGCUAAGGAACUGAUCUGGGUGUUUUUGUCCAGGGUCAAAGCCACAUACAUGCUGCUGAUGGACAAGUCAAGACUCGCCAAUCAUAAGCUCACAGUUGGAAAGGGAAUCAACAUUUACCCUCUUUACCAGCAAAACUAUUUUGCUCUUUUCCUCCAGUGGACUGUGGAUGAUUUGUGCCCUGAAGGAAGAGGUUUGUGUUGCUCCUGUCAUCUUCAAGAUGAAAAACUUAAACAAGCAUCUUUAUUUACAUGAAAUGACUCAAAUCAGUCAACCGUGGUAAGACUGAGUGGAGUGGAUGCUUAGUCCCAUGGACUAUUUUCUAAGGAGAAUUUAGGAUACAUGAACUGAUGACUGAUCUCAAUCCUAAAAGUGCCUGAAGGCUUUGGCCUUUCUGAAUGGUAAAUGUAUGGGAUUAUUCCCAAAGGAAGCAUGACAUGGACAUCAUUUCUUUUGUGUUUAGCUUUAAGUCUUGAAAAAUGAUGUCAUUAGAAGAUUUCAGUGCAAAAGAAUGUGUAAUGUGUUCAUCUGCACCUUCAACAAUGUUUAUCUUGAACAUGUAGCGGAACUGAAACACCAUGUGGGUUUAAAUAGUGGUGUGACGGCGCGGCCUAAUGAAAUUUGAAUGAUCAAUGAAGCCAGUAUGUUUCCUCUAAACACUCGUUUUGGAAAAGGGUUUUUAGCAAAUUCACCUUGCUCAUGUGUACAAAUAGUCAUGAUUUCUGUAAUUGUGUAGCUAUAUAAAUCAUUGCAAUCGUCUUGCUUUGUUCACUUUAACCACUUUCCCUCUUAGUAGGCCCAAUGAAAUGGAAGCUUUGUAAGCAGUAUUUAUUGCAACAACUUGUGCAAAGGCUCAUAACACUAUGACUUAGAACAAUCCUUUAUUUUUGCCUUUCAGUAUUCUGAUGGUUAAGAAUAGUACUUAAGUGUAGUUUCAUUUAUUCACCUGUCCACUUACAGUAUUUAAGCACUCAAUUCUGUCUGAAAAUCUUACGUGAUAAAGCAUUUUCUUUCCUUUUUCAAUGGUUUGGCUGUUGCUGGUAGGUUGUUAAAGGUUAUCAGGAAGUUGCUGAUGACAUUUCAUUAUGUUUAUUACCUUUGGUCACUCUUUCCCUGUGCCAAACCUGCUCUGGUCCUCAGUUGUUUUUUUUUAAAUGCUUUUCCAUUUGUGCCUUAUUUAUGUGUAUUCUCAUACUGUAUAUUGUUCAUAGACAGUACUGGGGCCUAACACAGGCAGGAUGUAGUAUUACAGUCUCGUUUUAAGAAAAUUGCUCUGAAUGAACUGGUUACGGGACCACGUAUUAUUCUGGUAAUUAUCAUGUGGUUUCCAAAAGAGUUGAUGAUUUAUGGGGGAAAAAACAUAAACACAAAGAAAUCAUGUGUGUGUUUCGUCCAGGGCACUGAGCCGACCUGUUACAGUGAACAGCCAGCGCAUCUUUACUUCCAUGUUAAGCAAGCUACGGUUCCUGUAUCAUAUGUUCUUUAAGAAAGUCUAAAUAAUUUAUAUUUGUGACAAAACCACUCUUCAUGAGAAAUGUGCUGUACAUAUGUUUGGACAUAUGUAAUAAUAAACUUUGUUACACAAUGAAAA